CUUGAAUGCCCGCACUGCACCAAACCUUGAAGAUAUCGGAGGCCGUCUGCCACUUGCAUGGAUCGCAAACAGAGCAUUAUGUCGAUAAGGUGGAUGAACAUGAUGAAUAUGUAGUAAGUGGUACGUAUACUCGCAAUAUUCCGGAAUCCCGACCAAUCUGAAAGACCCACGACUGUGUGCAUGAGAAGCAUCUGCCAGCCACCAAGCGAAGGGCGGCCGGCUUUGAGGGAUCUCUGCAGGCGAUUUGGCUCAUUCAGCUCCUCGUAGUCGCUCUGCUGUGUGGGCGAAGCGCCCGGAUCAGCCCCCGGGUUCACGGUUCUUCGCCCGCGCCAUGUCUUUGAUGCCUGACCAUGCGUCCCUGUGGAAGGAUAGCUUGUUGUUGGCGAUAGAGGUACCGGCCCUGGCUAGUCUGUACUUGUAUUCGAUUGACCAAAGGGAAUCCGCACAUAUCGACCUCGGGCAAGCGAUCCGAAUCGCAAAAUACGAGGGCCUACACACUCAGCUGUCCGAGGAGCAGCUGGAGUCUGAGACUGUGGCCCGAUGUCGUGGUCUCUGGUGGACGCUGGCAGGAUACGCGCACGAAAUGGAGGAGAUCAUCCAGAUCCGACUGCGCAAUUCACUGAACACGAUGCCCAGAGGCACGCAGCACAUUACCCUACUAUAUCACCAGUGCGUAAUCGUAGCCACCCGGCCGCUCCUCCUCUCCGCCCUGAUCGACCGCCUCGACACCAACGACUUCCUAACCCUCACCAAGCCCCUCCUGUGCAUCGAGAUCCUUCAGGCACCGACAGUCUUCUCGAUAACUCCACAAAAUCUAGAGGUACUUCUCCUCUACGACCUCGAAUUCACCUACGACGCCGCCAUCCACCUCGCCCUGACCCGAACCCUCUUCCGGAACUCCUCACCACUUCCCACCACACAAGAAGGUAACAGUCCCAGUCCCAGUCCCAGCCAGCAAGCCCACUCCAUCCUCGACGCGAUGAUCUACCACGGAAACCGCAUCGCUCACGCCCGGAAGGAAGGGCUGGUGCACCUCGAGCGGCUGCUGGAGGAGGUGGCCGUGUUGAUGUUCCCGGCGGGGAUAAUGCAAGGGGGGGAUGAUUACUCCACCACCGCCGCCGCGGGUGGGCUGGUGGGGUACGGCGACGGGGUGGCCGGGGAAGAGGAGCUUAGUGGUCCGUCGUUGGCGGCGAUGGGGGAUCCGCAGCUGGCGAACGUGGAGUUUCUAGAGCAGAUCGGGAUCUCGUCCGUGGAGUUCUUGUCCAUCGUGGCGCAGAUAGGGCCUUUAGACGGGGCAGAGGGUGGGUUCGGGGGGGAGUGA